CGACUCUACAGUUGCCGCCAUCAUGGACACGAGUCGUGUGCAGCCCAUCAAGCUAGCCAGGGUCACCAAGGUGCUGGGCAGGACCGGUUCCCAGGGACAGUGCACACAGGUGCGCGUGGAGUUCAUGGACGACACGAGCCGCUCCAUCAUCCGCAACGUGAAAGGCCCCGUACGCGAGGGCGACGUGCUCACGCUAUUGGAGUCAGAGCGAGAGGCUCGGAGGCUGCGCUGAAUUUGUGUCUGGGUCCUGGCUGCCUGGGUGGACCACGUGACCCAUGGGGAAGAUGUUCUGUGAAUAAAGCGUUUGUGUAAAUCCAGGUUUUUGUCUGGGGUCACUAGGCCUAUAAUACCUUUCGGUGGGGCAUCCAAGUAGUCAGUGACCCCUUUGCAUUCUGGAAACCUGGGGGGGGGGGGCGGCAGUAUUCUACCCCAACAAGGCACUUUUCUUUUUGAGGAGAAGUAACCGUGUGUCUCUCUGUGCUUCUAAAACAAAUUUAUUUACUUUUAAA